AUGGCUACUAAAUUGACAUCUUUGAAACCGCCCUUUAAGGUAAAGGCGAGGUAUGGUUGGUCAGGCCAAACCAAAGGGGACUUAGGCUUUCUGGAAGGAGAUAUCAUGGAAGUCACAAGAAUCGCCGGAUCCUGGUUCUACGGCAGAUUAUUAAGAAACAAGAAGUGUUCUGGAUAUUUUCCGCAUAAUUUUGUCAUACUUUUGGAGGAAAGAUUGAACUCGAAAUCCGUAUCCGAAAGCGAUAGACAAUCUUCAAAAACAACAGGGAUUCAAGAACAGUCUGAUAAAAUUGUCAUUCCACCUGUACCUUCGAGGUUUUCCAGCGAGGAACCAAGACCGAAAAAGAAGUUGUCUUCAUCAAUGCCCAGUUCCCCAAAAAAGCCAGCAGAUUCACUGACAAAAGCUAGAAAGGCAAGAUCAAAGGAAAAAAUAGAUGGAAAGAAUAUCUGCACUACCCAGUCACCACGAAAUCACAAUAACUCGGCACCAAAUUUACCUCUAUCUAACCAAAUCUAUCACAAAGUACAAGAUUUUGAAGAGUCCAUGAAUAAUCCAUUACCACCUCUACCACCACUACCAGACUUGAACAAUAUGGGAUGGACGGAUAAAAGGGCUCCAAAGAAAUCAUAUUCUGCCAACGAUUUAAGUUUAGCACGUUCUUCUAGAGAAUAUAACUAUUAUAAGGAUAACCAAAAAUUCUACGACGGCUUCAUCCCAGAAAUGAGAUCAUCUUUGGGGGAGGAUUCCAUUUCGUCAGGCCUAUUUUCAAACUCCCAAUAUCUAGAUGACUCUGCUUGUAGCAGUGAGAACAGCUUUGCGUUAAUGAGUGAUUUCAGUGCUACUAGCGCUGGGAGUUUUGCAAGACAUAAAUAUGCACAAUCAUUUUCUGAUUCACUACAAAGAUCCCAACAUGCAAAAAGCUCUCCAAAAAAGGCUGAUGAUUCGCAGCAAUUCAAUGAGUCCAACUCCAGUUCACGAAAUGGAAAAAUGGGUGAUAUUCUUAGGAAAAUAAUUAUUCCAAAGAGGAGCACAAAUAAUUCAUCAAGCUCAGUAUCCUCACCAAAGUCCCCGAAUUCAUAUCCCAAACUACCAGACAUCCAGAACUUGAAUCUGUCUGCAACACCGGACGAGGCUCGCGACUGGAUUUCAGUAAAAUGUCACUUGAACAGAGCAAGAACUCUUACAAAAUAUGAGAAACAUCCUAGAUAUAUGAGAGCUCUCGAAGAAAACCGAGAUUUGGUCCUACAUCCCCAAGAUUCGAUUUAUAAUGGUUUAAAUACUAAUGAAGUCAAAGGUAACCUAAAACCCGGUUUAGUUGAUGUGGAACUGGCUGAGUUGAACAUGGAGUACAUUGACAAGAUGAGUUGGAAACGGUGCAUUAAAGAUGGCAGCAUGGCAUUGGAUUCUUGGGCUCAAACAACGUUUUCAGCAAGAUAUUCAACUGUUUUGGAAAAGUUAAGAGGCAUGUACAUAUUUUGCACAGAAAUGUUUGCUUUGACUGAUGACAACGGAUCCUCGGAUUUUUCUGCAGAACCUAAAAACUUGGAGAAGAUACUAUUUAAAAAGCAUUGCACCCCAUAUGAAUUAACGUGGCUCUUUAAAAAGUUAGCCAAUGCAUUAGGUAUUACCUGUGAAAUUGUCAUAGGUUUCCUGAAGACGCCAAGUGCACUAAAUUGGGAGUUCAAGUACAACCAUUGCUGGUUAAGGAUACUAAUCAACAGAGAAUGGAGAUUCAUUGAUGUUAUUUUAGGUAAUAUAACUAAUCCGAUUCAUGAAUUUGUUAAUAACAGGAAGAUUAAGAAGGCCGAGAACAGUUACUUCUUAAUGGCUCCAUUAGAAAUGAUUUAUACACACGUACCACCAAGGGAAUUUGAACAACACAUUGUUCCCAGCAUUGAUCAAUUAUCUGCGUUAUACCUACCAUUAGUAUUUCCAUCGUUCUUCAAAAAUGAGUUGAAACUAUAUAAAUUUAGCACAGCAUUGUCCUUUUUAGAGGAUUCUGAGAUCUAUGAAUGUUCCCUAGAAAUUCCUAAUGAUGUUGAGGUGUUUGCAUCUGUAGUCAUUCCAACGGAUAAUGAAGAAAUCUCGAAUGCAUACAGAAGUAUGGAAUUAGCACUAACUCAAAUCAAAAGGCAAAAAGCUGAGUCCGGUAGAAGAAUUGCUCUCAUUAAAGCUGUCCUACCACCUGAUGUAAGCAAGAGUUCACUAUACAUACAUUCUGGUGUCAGAGGCACUCAAACGAGCAUUGCUAAUAUUCACCCCCUUUCCAUGAUGAUCCCAUUAACGCAUAAGGGAAAUAACAUGAAGUACGAAUUCGUGGCCAAAAUUCCUUCCGAAAACAUACAGAAAAUCGAACUAUACAUUGUCGAGCCACAAAGCAGGUACUUGUUUCUUGGUAAUGAGUAUUCAUUCGAAAUCAUUCAAAGCCCUUCUGAUGGUAUUAUAUACAGCAGUGAUGAAGGAUCAAACCAGAACCGCAGGCAACCAAUGGCUAUCAAGUCACCUUCGGGAAGAGUCCAAGAACUAAUCAAAAGUGAUCCCCACUUUCCCUACGGUACCUGGAAGACAAGCAUAAAAAUUAAAGAGCCUGGCGUGUGGAGCGCAUUAGUGAUUGCUGACUCUGGAAUUGGUUGGUCUGUCUUCGCCGAAUGGUUGUGCGUGUAG